AAGCUUCAUACUGUAGAGCUUCCUCUGAAAGGUCUCAGCUUGUGGUCGUGCAAUUUACUAGAUCGCGGAUACGGCGUACUGUGGAUGACCUAUUCAUCCAUUAAGCACUUGUCGGUCAAUUUGGUGACCUCAAGCUAUCGAUUGGUCGGCGAGGAUUGGCAGCAUUCCCAUUGGCCUGUGAUAGCACAACUUAUACCACACUGCCAAAGCUCAAGAACCUACGCCUCCAUGGAUCAUUCGACUGCUUCUUUGAUGAUGCGGAGAUUCUGGAAACGAUAUAUUUAUUUCCCAAUCUCCAGGUCGUCGGUCUUUCCCGCGUUCUGCUCCAAAACCGCUACCGGGAAACAUGGCCGUCGCUUUCCCGGGAACUUCAACGUCGGGAUCUUGACUCUGUGCAGCUCAUCUUCCCAGGGUAGUCGGCUCAGAGUUUUCCAAAAUUGGGGCAACAUGACCGAGAGCCGCAACAACGGAAUACUUCAGUACAAGGACCAAAGUUAUAGUACCGCAUGCUACCACGAGGCAGAAAAACGUGAAUUAAUAGUAUUUUUGUCUUUGUAAUGGGAUAAUGAAAAUCGGCUCGGGCGUAUUCACAAUUAGAGCCAUGAUGUGACAGUGAGGAAAGAGACGCAUUAGCGGAAUGCUAAGAUUUGAAGCAUAUCACUGGCACCGAAUCUCAC